UGAAUUGAACAGUGUCUAGCCUUAUAUAUAGCCAGCUCCCCGCUGGGGUAGAUACAUCUGCGUCAAGAAAAAUAUGUAGAUAACAAACCCAAUCUUUUUUGCAACUCCUUUUUACUAGUUCAAUGAAGCUAAAAGAGAAGAUCACGGGGUCAGCUUAAUUACUUACUAUGUGUAGUGUAAUCUUCCAUUAAUGAAUAAAGACUAUUCUCAUGAAAGAUUUGACAAAGUCAACUGGGUCGUGGCUAUUGAUUUCCAUGCUAGUGUUGCUGUCUUUUGUGCAGACGACUGCAUCCAUGACUUGCAGAAUUUUCAGAACGGUGUUCUGCACACCCUAGCAUAAUAAAGCUACAGCUAGAUGAUAAAUAGUACUCCUUCAGUCCGGAAUUACUUGUCGCAGAAAUGGAUAGAAGUGGGUGUAUCUAGAACUAAAAUACAUCUAGAUACAUCUAUUUCUUUGACAAGUAUUUCCGGACGGAGGGAGUACUAGCCCCACAUGCAUUCUUCAAGCAACAGAAAAAAAAUAAGGGGGAGGAAAAAACAGCAACCAAUGUGUUCCUUCACCAUUCCUCUGGCCGUGCCGCAGCUGUUCCUGCUACUCUCCUUGGCCUCUCCCGCCACCUCAUGCACCGAGCAGGAGAAGCAUGCACUUCUCCAGUUCCUCGCUGGGACGUCGGGAGAUGGCACCCUCGCCGCGUCGUGGCGCCAUGAGACUGACUGCUGCGAGUGGGAAGGAAUCAUUUGCAAUGGAGAUGGGGCCGUCACUGAGAUCUCCCUGGCAUCUAAAGGACUUGAAGGGUGCAUCUCACCAUCUCUCGCCGACCUCACAGGCUUGCUGCAUGUCAACCUUUCGCACAACUCCUUCUCCAGUGGCCUUCCGCUGGAGCUCAUGUCCUCCAGCAGCAGCAUCGCCCUUGACGUUAACUUCAACCGGCUAAAUAGAACGCUGCAAGAGCUGCCGUCUUCGAUCACCACAGACCGGCCUCUGCAGGUACUCAACGUCUCAAGCAACCAGUUCAGCUUAGAACUUCCAUCAGCCACAUGGAAGAUGAUGAAGAACCUAAUCGCGUUCAACGCCAGCAAAAACAGCUUCACUGGGCACAUACCGUCUUCUCUUUGCCUUGGCUCGCCAUCUUUGGCUUUGCUUGACCUCUGUCACAACCAAUUAAGUGGCGACAUUCCGAACACACUGGGUAAUUGCUCCAAGCUCAAAGUGCUCAAGGCUGGCAACAACCACCUAAGUGGGAUUCUCCCUGUUGAAAUCUUCCACGCUACCUCGCUGGAGUACCUCUCCUUCCCCAACAAUGGUUUGCAAGGAGAACUUGAUGGAGCACAAAUGGUCAAACUCAGUAAUCUAGCUACUCUUGACCUUGGAGAGAACCACAUCAGUGGCAACAUCCCAGAAUCGAUAGGUCAGCUCAGGAGGCUGGAGAAGCUCCAUUUGGGUAACAACAACAUGCCUGAGGAGCUGCCAUCAACUAUGGGCAACUGCACAAAUCUCAAAACCAUCGAUCUGAAGAUCAACAACUUCAGUGGAGAUCUAGGCAAGGUAAACUUCUCAACCCUGCAGAAUCUAAGAAGUUUAGAUCUCAUGAGGAAUCGUCUCGGUGGCAUAGUGCCAGAAAGCAUUUACUCAUGCAGCAUGUUGACUGCACUGCGGCUGUCGGGCAACCAUUUCCAUGGUGAGAUAUCACCAAGAAUAGGCAAUCUGAAGCAUCUAUCCUUCCUAUCACUUGGUAGUAACUCCUUUACAAAUAUCAUGAAAGCUUUGCAUGCCCUUAAGAGCUGCAGGAACAUCAGCAAAAAUAAGUAA